AGGCUAAGCGCUCUAUUUAGAACAGAAGUGCGGAUAUUGGAGCGCAGCCACAAACUACUCUGGCCGAAACGUUGAAACGUUAACUGAAGUGAAUGACUUCCCUGCCUACCGGCUCUGCUCUCACUGCGCGGUUUGAGCAACAAGCUCCCUUCACCGACAACGCCUCUCGGAGCUCCCCCGCGCAGGUGGACCUGUGUUCAUGGCUUCACAGCGCUGAGCUGCUCUAAAACAUGAGCCAGACUCGGAGUUUCUCAGCGGAACCGACGUGGUGUUUAUGAAGAAGAUUUAAAGGGGGAAAAAAUGGAAGCGUACCUGCUGAAGUUCGUCGAGCGAGUGCGGUGUCUGUCAGAAAAAGACGAUGGAGAUGCCAUUGCGUCCGAGUAUGCUAGGAUUCGACAGCAGAAUGGCUCUAUGAAAGAGUUGUACGGUCUGACUGCAGAGACUGGAGGAAUCAAAGAAAAUGUGAAGAAAAACCGCUACAAGGACAUCCUGCCCUAUGACCAGACCCGUGUCAUUCUGAGUCCAAUACUGCCUGACUACAGUUCUGAUUACAUUAAUGCCAAUUUUAUUAAGGGGGCAACUCAGAAUAAGACAUACAUUGCCACUCAAGGUCCUCUCAGUUACACGGUGGUGGAUUUCUGGCGUAUGAUUUGGCAAUAUAAAAUCCAGGUCAUAGUCAUGGCGUGCAAGGAGAUAGAGAUGGGAAAGAAAAAAUGUGAGGCCUACUGGGGUUCUUUAGCAGAACCAUCCACUUUUGGUCCCUUCACUGUCUCAACGGUUGAAGAAUCGUACCCAAAUGAGGAAGUGAUCGUGCGAACGUUGACUGUGAAAUGCGGUGAUGAAACUCGCUCCGUGUCCCAGCUCCAGUACACAGCUUGGCCGGAUCACGGAAUUCCGUAUGUGCCGGAUGGCAUUUUAGGAAUGAUGGAAUUGGCCAACAUCAGACAGGCUAACCACACAGGACCUAUGCUUAUCCACUGCAGUGCUGGCUGUGGAAGAACUGGGGUGAUUUGUGCCAUUGACUACAUUAACGACCUGCUGCAUGAAAAGAAAAUUGGUGACGGUUUCAACAUUAUGGACAUAGUGCUGGAGCUGAGGAGACAAAGGCCAUCGGCCGUUCAGACUAAGGAGCAGUAUGAAUUUGUGUUUCACACCGUGGCUCAGAUAUUUGAGAAGGCCUUGGGAGAACCUUCACACCCUCGCCAAAACCAAACCAAGUUUGCGGAUUCUCUAUCUAUCUACUCCAAUGUGGUUCCUCCAAAGCCAGCACUGAGGUCAGCCUCCAUCGGCAGCAGCAACCCUGACCCGAAAACAAGAAAACCUCCUCUACUCCGGCCCAGGUCCUCUCAUCCACCUCCGUCCAGCAAAAUGAAUGACACAUAUGCUGUAGUCAACAAGACCAGGCAGCCAUCUGCUCCACGCACUGGCCACCACUACGACAAUUUAGACUUAGAAAGCCAGAAGAGCCCUAACAAUGCUCUGUAUAGCACCGUGAAGCCAAAGAACAGGGCCGCCGGGACUCUACCCGUUUACGACAGGGCACUGCCAGUCAACCAGAGGGGGUCAAUGCCAUCAUUAGAGGCAGAGUUCAGUGGCUAUGAACCAUUACCAGCGGAGUUCCGGGCCAGAAACUCACAGCUGCAGCCACCUCCGACUCAAGGGCCUUCUGACGGUAACGGCUCCUCAGAAGAUGAUUACGAGUACGUCACCAACCCGAUCCGUGACAGCAGCAGCAGCAGCAGCUACUGUAGCCCCGGUGGACUGGGUUUUAAGUGCCGAAUAAAGAAACCCAAAGGACCUCGGGACCCCCCAGCAGAAUGGAAUCGGCCAGAGAGAUGAUCGUCAACUUCUGUAAAAAAUAAAAAAAAUACGUACAUGUAUAUAUAUAUAUA